AUGAGCGACGGAAAUGAUGGCCGGAACCCCCAAAUGACUCCAUAUCAAGAUCGGGCUUCUGCCAGCCCAGCCCUAGACUCUCGCCCUGACAUCGAUCCUGAUACCUCUUUUCCCAAGAAGCUGCUUGCACCCUUGGUGUCAGACGCUGGCUCACCGGCUGGGUCGUCAACCACCAAUCGAGCAUUUCAUUCUGCCAGUGCCUCAUUUUCCCAUAAGAGAGGCGACUCUGGUGGCGCUGUCCCGGAUGAUUUUGCCUCGGAUGACGUGAGCGAGCAGGCGGCCGAGCUUGCCUCGUCCAAUGUGCCGAAUGGAUGUCGUCAAGCGUGGCAGGAGCAAUGGAGGCGGUCUGGCACCGAUUUAGCUCAUCCAUCGAGCGGUGCAGUAGCUGAAGGUCGAAUGGGUCGGGCUAGCCCGACUCUCUACAGUUCUCGCCUUCCUAGAGAUCCCGUCCGCAUGGCGGACGGCAUGGCUGGAAGUAGUAAUGACGGCCAUCCAUCCCCGCUUCGUUCUCAAGCUCCUUGCUCCAGUCCCAUCGUGAAUGACGCCCCCUCGCCCCUAAACCCAGGCGUCAGUCCAGAAGGAAUGGCCUCCGUCUCCGAAGCCUCGCAGCAAUCUGCAGAUGGUCUGAGCUAUGGCCAGGAGUCCGCGAGACAGUUGAGCAAUGCUCAGAAUUUCAGUGGCCCGGUCGUGGGGACAUCCGGAGAAGAAAAACUGAUUGAAGAUGUCCGAGCUAUCUAUGCCGGGAUAGUCAUGGCGGAGAAAAAAUGCAAGGAGUGGUACGAGGACGCGCCGGAAUGGUCCACAAUAAGUCAGGAAAAGUAUCAGCAAUUGACUGGAAUUCACGGAAUGCUACUGGAGGAGUACCACGAUUUCUUCCUCUGCUCCCAACAUCCCAUGGCGACCUCGGCUUUGCAGCGCCUAGCGGAAAAAUAUAACAUGCCAGCGCGAUUGUGGCGCAUUGGAGUCAACUCAUUGCUGGAAACGCUGCACUGCCGGCUUCCCGAAUCCUUGGAGCACAUGCUAAGCUUCAUCUGCUACGCAUAUUCCAUGCUUACACUCAUGCUUGAAUCUGUGCCAGCCUUCAAAGAUACCUGGAUCGAGUGUCUCGGAGAUCUCUCGCGAUACCGGAUGGCCCUAGAAGAAUCCGACCUCCGCGAACGUGAAUCCUGGGCGGGUAUUGCAAGGUACUGGUUCAACCAAGCUGCAGACAGAAACCCCAACAUCGGGCGAAUCCAACACCACCUCGCAGUCUUAGCUCGGCCGGAUGUCACUCAGCAGCUGUUCUACUACACGAGAUCGCUGGUCAGUGUCCACCCGUUCGCAGGUACCCGCGAAAGCAUCUUCCUCUUAUUCAACCCGUUCUUAAGAGGUCCCCAAGCGAUCCAUCGUCUCCCACUGGUCGGCGCUUUUGUCGCUGCGCAUGGCUACCUGUACACGGGAGACGUUGGAGAUCGUCUGAUGGAGUCGGUCGACACGUUUGCAUCACUCCUCAGUCAGACCAUAGGCCGAAUUGGCGCCGCCUUCCGCCUGCAGGGAUUCUUUAUGUGUGCCUGCAACAUUGCGGCCAUGCUGGAAUAUGGUAACGCCGACACUUACUUGGGCCCCGAGUUCCUCGAGACCAAUCUGUCGCAACCCGGUUCUCUUGAAGAGGUCUACGCUUCCGCUGCCAGUUCCUGGAUUCCCACUGAAGACCUUCAGGCCGUGCAAGCCGAAUUUCUCUCCUCUCGGGACUCGACGAAUCCUUCGCCUCUGCUUUUCUAUGGAUCUUUCUUUACUUUCCACACCCUGUCCGUGAUUCUUGAUCGAGUCCCGGAUAGAAACGUGUACGCUGCAUGUCAUGUGUCGCUCGCAUUUCUUUGGUGCCUGGCUCUUACUCCACGAGGUAUGUCUCGGGUGGAGAUGGCCGUACCCUGGCGAAAACUCGUCGUGUUUCUCAACGCUUUGUUCCGGAGCUAUAUCAAACCCAACAUCGCCGAAAGGGACGAAUUCCCUAUCUCGGAGGAAACGACCUGGGUGGCAGAAGACUUUCUGCUCCGAGGCCAGCUCUGGAGCCAAUGCCUUUAUCCUUCUGGUUUCUUCGACAACGCACCUACUGCCGGCGAUGGCAGGAACAUUGAGCCGCCGUCUCGGGAUAUCACGAGGAUGUACCGGUGCAUAUGGCUGGGGAUCCGGCUUGCUAUGUUUGAACGUUGGAUCACAUAUGAUUUCACCGCGCGCACGUUUUUAGUGACCCCGUUUGCCCUGGAACUGGAGAAAAUGGCCGAGGAACACAAUCCUUUUGCAAAAAUAAGUGAAGUCAAGCAGGCCGAUGCGGAUAAAGGCACGCAUGACACUUGA